AAUUAUUUAUAUUUAAUUUUGCUAUUCACUGAUGCAUCAUUGUGUAUUGGAGGAACUGCAAUGGUUGCAAUAGGAUUGAUUACCUUUACAUAUCUUAAGCAUGUCAGCGGAAUGCUAAGAAUCGCCAGUUAUCGCAUAAAGAAAGCAAUUAAUAUGUGGAACAAUGUUCACCAAAAGAAAGAAACUGUAAUGUAUAAAGGAAUAAUUUAUGCUAUAGAUUUUCAUCGUACUGCUAUCAAGUUCUCCACAUUUUUAUUUUCCUGUCUUUAUUUUCCAUCGUUCUUUUUGGUAAUAAUAGCUGUGAUUUGUUUGAGUCUGAAUCUUUACGCAUUAUCUAAGAAUAUAUUGUAUGGGAACGACAUUAGUCAAGUUUGUAUGCAUUUUGCAAUUGUAAUUGUCAUUUUUAUAUUCAUGUUUUUCUUUAAUUACAUCGGUCAAGAAUUUAUGGAUUACAAUAACGACAUAUUUUUCACUGCAUACAAUAUUCAGUGGUAUGUAACAUCUUUGCGCAUACAAAAGUUAAUAUUGUUUUUUUUGCAAAGGGGUAGUAAAACGAUAAGCCUGAAUUUUGGCGGAGUAUUUAUAUUAUCUUUAGAGUUUUUCGCUUCGGAUACGUAGUCAACAGUUUUUUCUAUAGGAUCGCUUUUCACUAUGUUUGUGAUUAUUUACAAUGUUUUUGGGUUUCGCUGAAACUGUAAGUUAAAAGUUUUGAUUACCCGUUUGAUCUAUUACCAGUAUAAUUGGCCAUCGUUUUUUAUAUAUCAAAAUAACGGAAGCAUGUAACACAAUAUACACAAGCGUGCACACAAGCGUGAGCGUGCUCAUACGCACAAAGGUACACAAGUAGUAAUAGAAAUUUCUUUUA